AUGCUAAUCCUUUCCAGCGCCGUGUUCCAAGCUGGCGGCCUCGUCGUCGUAUUGGCUGAGAUCACUCGCAAGGCUUACCUCGGCUCCGUCGUGCCGGUCAUCGUUAACGCAAUCCUUAACGAACACCAGAUCAUUGUCGAUAUCGUGGCAUUCGUCAACAAGGGCGACUUUCCCCGGUCUCGUCUCGGCGAAAAACAGCGCGGAAAGAUUCUGGCUGGAUGGGUCACGCGCAAGAUGCGCACUCUUGCGCAGUUCGCCAUUAGAGACAUGGACCCGGCAAGCAUUAUUGGGGGCGAGCCUGGCACCGCUGACGGACCCGAUCCUCACCGGGCUUCUAUCGGCAGUCAAAGAAGUGCAGGCGGUCUAGCCCCGGGUUCUUCGAGUCUACGGAACGUAGAGCACGCGCCGCAGAUUCUGGAGCAGGAAGAAUUCCAAGAGCAGGUCGGACAGAUGGCCUCCCUUCCCCAACAUAGCCACGAUGGUAUUGCGGAGAUGCCUGGUGAUGAGGGCCCUUCUUACGCACAACAGGGGCAAGCCAACACGUCUGCGGGCCACGGAUAUGUCCUGCCGGAUUUCGACCAAUUCGGUCGCGACGACGACCCACCGCCCGUGGGUGCGAAGCCUGGCCCGGGGCAACCCCCUCCACAGAUCAAUCUUCCUGGUGUCGAUGGGCGAGAUAGCACAGAUAUGUGGAACAGCCAAAAAGGAGGCGGUCAAUCCGACGAGGACUGGACAGCUCAGGCUCUGAUGCACAUGAACCUCGCCAACGAUUUGGGGAGAAAACAGGACCAGCACUAG